CGUAUUUCAAGACCUGACAUCAUUUCCCAAGAGGAGCAGGACAAUUCGUCACACGAGCUGGUGUCUCUCGAGCUUGAGCUUGAGCUCCAGCUUGAGCUCUUGGACCAUGAUGGGAGCCCCACUGCCAUCAUUCAAGUCCUGUUAUAUAUGGGUAGAUACUCGACGCCCUGCUCCAGCGAAUGAUCAGAUCACAAGAUAACCACUUCUGUAUAUCCACUUCUGUCAUAAUAAUCUGAAUUUCACGAACAAUGUCGGACAAUUCCGAUCGCAAACCCGUAGCGGACCAAGCUGAAGACAAUGCUUGGUUCCCUUCCCCCUACUCCCUGACCCAAUACGUGCCACCCAAGACUGACUUCGAUGGCGCCGACUACCCCAACGCCUACAAAGGUGGAAAAUGGAAAAUCCUCCUGAUCGCAACUCAAGAGCGCUACCUCCAAAUGGCCGGAGAUGAGUUCUUCUCAACCGGAAACCACCCGGUUGAAUUGCUCCUCCCACUCCUCCACCUCGAUGCCGCAGGCUUCGACAUCGACAUCGCCACCGUCUCCGGCGACCCCGUCAAAAUGGAAAUGUGGGCCUUCCCCAAAGACGACCAAGCUGUCAAGGACAUUUACCAAAAAUACAAGCCCAAACUCCGUCAGCCGCUCGAUCUCUCCAAAGUCUGGGGCAACGGGUUCACCAAGGACACGGAGUACAUCGGCGUCUUUAUCCCCGGCGGUCACGGCGUCUUGAACGAUGUCCCGUUCUCCAAACUCGUCGGUGACAUCCUCCGCUGGGCAGACUCGCACGAGCGCUACUACAUCUCGCUCUGCCACGGUCCCGCGAGCAUGUUGGCCGCGAACGUGGGCAAGCCGGAAGGCGAUAAAUUCAUCUACGAGGGCUACAAGGUCGCCGUGUUCCCCGAUUCCCUGGACACCGGCACCAACAUCGAUAUUGGAUAUAUCCCCGGGAAGAUGCGGUGGUUGGUGGGCGAGGAACUCCGCAAGCUCGGGAUUACCCCGAUCAACUCGGGGAUCACGGGCGAAGUGCACCGUGAUCGAUUCGUUCUGACGGGGGAUUCGCCGCUUGCGUCGAACAAUUUGGGGAAACUUGCGGCGAGUACGCUGCUUGAGGAUGUUGCGAAGAGGCAGUGAGCU